AUCUAAUUGUGGACCCAUCCCAUCUUAUUAUAAAACAAGCAUUAAACGGUCAUUAAAUAACAUUAAAAAUACAUUUGUAUGUAUAAAUGUAUCUGGGUACCUUGUACAUGUCAUUCAAAUUUACAUUUGCCAUUCCUAUAUUUAUGGUCUGCAUUUCAGACCCUGCUAGAUUCUGGGGUACAAGCUUUUUCUUUUUCUUUUUUUUCUUUACCUUUUUUCUCCUUCUCUCAUAAAUUUCAUGCUCGCCUGUUUUUGUACACAAUUCUAGUUUGUUUCUCUGGAGUCGAGUGGAAACAUAAGAAUUCUAAAUUCUAUUCUAAACGUCGUGGUUGGCUACAAUGUAUACAUCUAGACACAUUAGACUAUACGGUAAGGUUAUGUAAAAACGGAUUUCCUAAAUGUUUCGAAUGUAACCGACCUGACGGUAGUUCUUCGGGAGAGGGCGAGCCGCAAAAAUUCACCUUUGCUUCACCGUUAACCAAAAACGUGUGACUGUUAAAGUCUCUAGCC